UCCUUCUCUUUUUUGCCUUUCCUUCCAAGCAUCCAGACUUGUCGACUCUUGUUUCCUCUCCUGGUUGAGGAUGAACUCAGGCUGAAAGCAAAGAAGCAAGGAAGCAGCUCCCUUGGCAAGAUUCGUAGCUUCCUGUAUCCAUCCUCUUCCCCCCACUGGCUAGAGGAUGGGGAAGAGUUGCAAAGUGGUUGUCUGUGGACAAGCAUCGGUUGGGAAGACCUCCAUCCUGGAGCAGCUUCUCUAUGGGAAUCAUGUGGUUGGUUCAGAGAUGAUUGAAACCCAGGAGGACAUCUAUGUGGGUUCCAUAGAGACUGACCGGGGGGUGCGGGAACAGGUGCGCUUCUAUGAUACUCGAGGCUUGAGAGAUGGGCUGGAGCUGCCCAAGCACUGCUUCUCCUGCACAGAUGGCUAUGUAUUGGUUUACAGCAUUGACAGCAAAGAAUCCUUCAAGAGGGUGGAGAUGCUGAAGAAAGAGAUAGACAAGAGCAAGGAUAAAAAGGAGGUCACCAUUGUGGUCUUAGGCAACAAAUGUGACCUCCAGGAUCAGCGGCGUGUAGAUCACGAUGCAGUGCAGCACUGGGCUAAGGCAGAGAAAGUGAAGCUGUGGGAAAUCUCGGUUGCUGACCGCCGGACCCUCAUCGAGCCCUUUGUCUACCUGGCCAGCAAGAUGACGCAGCCACAGAGCAAGUCUGCCUUCCCACUCAGCCGCAAGAACAAAAGUAGCGGUUCUGUGGACGGGUGAAACCUUCACAAACUGUGCUUGCUAUCCCUUGAAAAGGCAUGCCCAUGCAAGGCUGGUCACGAAGCAGAAACGUCUGACAGCUGAUUAUUGAUAUGGCACCAUUUUCUUUCUUCCCUCUUUCUU